GUCGAUACUGCCAGUGGAUUCGGUGGAACAGCACCAACUUUGGCACGGAGACCGUCAGGUUUAGUGUCAAGGACGGCAGCGGUUCAUGCCGGGAUGCUUCGACUCCUUUGUCAGUCAGCCUUCAAGGCAUUGCAGCAACUUGCCAAGCCCCGCGUACGGUCAACAGCACCGUCGCUGGCUGCGCAGCUGAGAAUCAAUCAAACGACUGCCUGUGGUCGUUUGAGAUUCCCCGACCUGGCACGCAAGCGUUCCAUUGUGCGGCGAGCUCUCCUCCGGAAGCACCAACGCCACCAGCCCCAUGGCCUCCAAGUCCAGCGCCGUCCUCGUCACGGCCGCCAAGCCCUCGGCCCCCAUCCCCACGGCCUCCAAAGCCAAUGCCGCCAUCCCCACGCCCUCCAAGGCCGUCCCCUCCACCUGCACCGCCCAGUCCGGCACCGCCCUCGCCGGCACCGCCCAGCCCGGUGCCGCCCUCGCCGGCACCGCCCAGUCCGGCACCGCCCUCGCCGGCACCCAGCCCGCUGCCGCCCUCGCCUGCACCGCCCAGCCCGGCACCGCCCUCGCCGGCACCCAGCCCGCUGCCGCCCUCGCCUGCACCGCCCAGCCCGGCACCGCCCUCGCCUGCACCCAGCCCGCUGCCGCCCUCGCCUGCACCGCCCAGCCCGGCACCGCCGUCGCCGGCGCCCAGCCCGCUGCCGCCCUCGCCUGCGCCGCCCAGCCCGGCACCGCCGUCGCCGGCACCCAGCCCGCUGCCGCCCUCGCCUGCACCGCCCAGCCCGGCACCGCCCUCGCCGGCACCCAGCCCGCUGCCGCCCUCGCCUGCACUGCCCAGCCCGGCACCGCCCUCGCCGGCGCCCAGCCCGGUGCCGCCCUCGCCUGCACCGCCCAGCCCGGCACCGCCCUCGCCGGCACCCAGCCCGCUGCCGCCCUCGCCUGCACCGCCCAGCCCAGCACCACCCUCGCCGGCGCCCAGCCCGCUGCCGCCCUCGCCUGCACCGCCCAGCCCGGCACCGCCCUCGCCGGCACCCAGCCCGCUGCCGCCCUCGCCUGCGCCGCCCAGCCCGGCACCGCCCUCGCCGGCGCCCAGCCCGCUGCCGCCCUCGCCUGCACCGCCCAGCCCGGCACCGCCCUCGCCGGCGCCCAGCCCGCUGCCGCCCUCGCCUGCACCGCCCGGCCCGGCACCGCCCUCGCCGGCACCCAGCCCGCUGCCGCCCUCGCCUGCACCGCCCAGCCCGGCACCACCCUCGCCGGCACCCAGCCCGCUGCCGCCCUCGCCUGCACCGCCCAGCCCGGCACCGCCCUCGCCGGCACCCAGCCCGCUGCCGCCCUCGCCUGCACCGCCCAGCCCAGCACCACCCUCGCCGGCGCCCAGCCCGCUGCCGCCCUCGCCUGCACCGCCCAGCCCGGCACCGCCCUCGCCGGCACCCAGCCCGCUGCCGCCCUCGCCUGCACCGCCCAGCCCGGCACCGCCCUCGCCGGCGCCCAGCCCGCUGCCGCCCUCGCCUGCACCGCCCAGCCCGGCACCGCCCUCGCCGGCGCCCAGCCUGCUGCCGCCCUCGCCUGCACCGCCCAGCCCGGCACCGCCCUCGCCGGCACCCAGCCCCCUGCCGCCCUCGCCUGCACCGCCCAGCCCGGCACCACCCUCGCCGGCACCCAGCCCGCUGCCGCCCUCGCCUGCGCCGCCCAGUCCGGCACCGCCCUCGCCGGCACCCAGCCCGCUGCCGCCCUCGCCUGCACCGCCCAGCCCGGCACCGCCCUCACCGGCACCCAGCCCGCUGCCACCCUCGCCUGCACCGCCCAGCCCGGCACCACCCUCGCCGGCGCCCAGCCCGCUGCCGCCCUCGCCUGCACCGCCCAGCCCGGCACCGCCCUCGCCGGCACCCAGCCCGCUCCCGCCCUCGCCUGCACCGCCCAGCCCGGCACCGCCCUCGCCGGCACCCAGCCCCCUGCCGCCCUCGCCUGCACCGCCCAGCCCAGCACCACCCUCGCCGGCGCCCAGCCCGCUGCCGCCCUCGCCUGCGCCGCCCAGUCCGGCACCGCCCUCGCCGGCACCCAGCCCGCUGCCGCCCUCGCCUGCACCGCCCAGCCCGGCACCGCCCUCGCCGGCACCCAGCCCCCUGCCGCCCUCGCCUGCACCGCCCAGCCCGGCACCACCCUCGCCGGCACCCAGCCCGCUGCCGCCCUCGCCUGCGCCGCCCAGUCCGGCACCGCCCUCGCCGGCACCCAGCCCGCUGCCGCCCUCGCCUGCACCGCCCAGCCCGGCACCGCCCUCACCGGCACCCAGCCCGCUGCCACCCUCGCCUGCACCGCCCAGCCCGGCACCACCCUCGCCGGCGCCCAGCCCGCUGCCGCCCUCGCCUGCACCGCCCAGCCCGGCACCGCCCUCGCCGGCACCCAGCCCGCUCCCGCCCUCGCCUGCACCGCCCAGCCCGGCACCGCCCUCGCCGGCACCCAGCCCCCUGCCGCCCUCGCCUGCACCGCCCAGCCCAGCACCACCCUCGCCGGCGCCCAGCCCGCUGCCGCCCUCGCCUGCGCCGCCCAGUCCGGCACCGCCCUCGCCGGCACCCAGCCCGCUGCCGCCCUCGCCUGCACCGCCCAGCCCGGCACCGCCCUCACCGGCACCCAGCCCGCUGCCACCCUCGCCUGCACCGCCCAGCCCGGCACCACCCUCGCCGGCGCCCAGCCCGCUGCCGCCCUCGCCUGCACCGCCCAGCCCGGCGCCACCCUCGCCGGCACCCAGCCCGCUGCCGCCCUCGCCUGCACCGCCCAGCCCGGCACCGCCCUCGCCGGCACCCAGCCCGCUGCCGCCCUCGCCUGCACCGCCCAGCCCAGCACCACCCUCGCCGGCGCCCAGCCCGCUGCCGCCCUCGCCUGCACCGCCCAGCCCGGCACCGCCCUCGCCGGCACCCAGCCCGCUGCCGCCCUCGCCUGCGCCGCCUAGCCCGGCACCGCCCUCGCCGGCACCCAGCCCGCUGCCGCCCUCGCCUGCACCGCCCAGCCCGGCACCGCCCUCGCCGGCACCCAGCCCGCUGCCGCCCUCGCCUGCACCGCCUAGCCCGGCACCACCCUCGCCGGCACCCAGCCCGCUGCCGCCCUCGCCUGCACCGCCCAGCCCGGCACCGCCGUCGCCGGCACCGCCCAGCCCGCUCCCGCCCUCGCCUGCGCCGCCCAGCCCGGCACCGCCGUCGCCGGCACCCAGCCCGCUGCCGCCCUCGCCUGCGCCGCCCAGCCCGGCACCGCCCUCGCCGGCACCCAGCCCCCUGCCGCCCUCGCCUGCACCGCCCAGCCCAGCACCACCCUCGCCGGCACCCAGCCCGCUGCCGCCCUCGCCUGCACCGCCCAGCCCGGCACCGCCCUCGCCGGCACCCAGCCCGCUGCCGCCCUCGCCUGCACCGCCCAGCCCAGCACCACCCUCGCCGGCGCCCAGCCCGCUGCCGCCCUCGCCUGCGCCGCCCAGCCCGGCACCGCCCUCGCCGGCACCCAGCCCCCUGCCGCCCUCGCCUGCACCGCCCAGCCCAGCACCACCCUCGCCGGCACCCAGCCCGCUGCCGCCCUCGCCUGCACCGCCCAGCCCGGCACCGCCCUCGCCGGCACCCAGCCCGCUGCCGCCCUCGCCUGCACCGCCCAGCCCAGCACCACCCUCGCCGGCGCCCAGCCCGCUGCCGCCCUCGCCUGCACCGCCCAGCCCGGCACCGCCCUCGCCGGCACCCAGCCCGCUGCCGCCCUCGCCUGCGCCGCCUAGCCCGGCACCGCCCUCGCCGGCACCCAGCCCGCUGCCGCCCUCGCCUGCGCCGCCUAGCCCGGCACCGCCCUCGCCGGCACCCAGCCCGCUGCCGCCCUCGCCUGCACCGCCCAGCCCAGCACCACCCUCGCCGGCGCCCAGCCCGCUGCCGCCCUCGCCUGCACCGCCCAGCCCGGCACCGCCCUCGCCGGCACCCAGCCCGCUGCCGCCCUCGCCUGCACCGCCCAGCCCGGCACCGCCCUCGCCUGCACCCAGCCCGCUGCCGCCGUCGCCCGCACCGCCCAGCCCGGCACCACCCUCGCCGGCACCCAGCCCGCUGCCGCCCUCGCCUGCACCGCCCAGCCCGGCACCGCCCUCGCCGGCACCCAGCCCGCUGCCGCCCUCGCCUGCGCCGCCUAGCCCGGCACCGCCCUCGCCGGCACCCAGCCCGCUGCCGCCCUCGCCUGCACCGCCCAGCCCUGCACCACCCUCGCCGGCGCCCAGCCCGCUGCCGCCCUCGCCUGCACCGCCCAGCCCGGCACCGCCCUCGCCGGCACCCAGCCCGCUGCCGCCCUCGCCUGCACCGCCCAGCCCGGCACCGCCCUCGCCGGCACCCAGCCCGCUGCCGCCCUCGCCUGCACCGCCCAGCCCAGCACCACCCUCGCCGGCGCCCAGCCCGCUGCCGCCCUCGCCUGCACCGCCCAGCCCGGCACCGCCCUCGCCGGCACCCAGCCCGCUGCCGCCCUCGCCUGCGCCGCCUAGCCCGGCACCGCCCUCGCCGGCACCCAGCCCGCUGCCGCCCUCGCCUGCACCGCCCAGCCCAGCACCACCCUCGCCGGCGCCCAGCCCGCUGCCGCCCUCGCCUGCACCGCCCAGCCCGGCACCGCCCUCGCCGGCACCCAGCCCGCUGCCGCCCUCGCCUGCACCGCCCAGCCCGGCACCGCCCUCGCCGGCACCCAGCCCGCUGCCGCCCUCGCCUGCGCCGCCUAGCCCGGCACCGCCCUCGCCGGCACCCAGCCCGCUGCCGCCCUCGCCUGCACCGCCCAGCCCGGCACCGCCGUCGCCGGCACCCAGCCCGCUGCCACCCUCGCCUGCACCGCCCAGCCCGGCACCACCCUCGCCGGCGCCCAGCCCGCUGCCGCCCUCGCCUGCACCGCCCAGCCCGGCGCCACCCUCGCCGGCACCCAGCCCGCUCCCGCCCUCGCCUGCACCGCCCAGCCCGGCACCGCCCUCGCCGGCACCCAGCCCGCUGCCGCCCUCGCCUGCACCGCCCAGCCCAGCACCACCCUCGCCGGCGCCCAGCCCGCUGCCGCCCUCGCCUGCACCGCCCAGCCCGGCACCGCCCUCGCCGGCACCCAGCCCGCUGCCGCCCUCGCCUGCGCCGCCUAGCCCGGCACCGCCCUCGCCGGCACCCAGCCCGCUGCCGCCCUCGCCUGCACCGCCCAGCCCGGCACCGCCCUCGCCGGCCCCCAGCCCGCUGCCGCCCUCGCCUGCACCGCCCAGCCCGGCACCGCCCUCGCCUGCACCCAGCCCGGUGCCGCUCUCGCCUGCACCGCCCAGCCCGGCACCACCCUCGCCGGCGCCAAGCCCGCUGCCGCCCUCGCCUGCACCGCCCAGCCCGGCGCCACCCUCGCCGGCACCCAGCCCGCUGCCGCCUUCGCCUGCACCGCCCAGCCCGGCACCGCCCUCGCCGGCACCCAGCCCGCUGCCGCCCUCGCCUGCACCGCCCAGCCCGGCACCGCCCUCGCCUGCACCCAGCCCGCUGCCGCCGUCGCCCGCACCGCCCAGCCCGGCACCACCCUCGCCGGCACCCAGCCCGCUGCCGCCUUCGCCUGCACCGCCCAGCCCGGCACCGCCCUCGCCGGCACCCAGCCCGCUGCCGCCCUCGCCUGCACCGCCUAGCCCGGCACCACCCUCGCCGGCACCCAGCCCGCUGCCGCCCUCGCCUGCACCGCCCAGCCCGGCACCGCCGUCGCCGGCACCGCCCAGCCCGCUCCCGCCCUCGCCUGCGCCGCCCAGCCCGGCACCGCCGUCGCCAGCACCCAGCCCGCUGCCGCCCUCGCCUGCGCCGCCCAGCCCGGCACCGCCCUCGCCGGCACCCAGCCCCCUGCCGCCCUCGCCUGCACCGCCCAGCCCAGCACCACCCUCGCCGGCACCCAGCCCGCUGCCGCUCUCGCCUGCACCGCCCAGCCCGGCACCGCCCUCGCCGGCACCCAGCCCGCUGCCGCCCUCGCCUGCACCGCCCAGCCCAGCACCACCCUCGCCGGCACCCAGCCCGCUGCCGCCCUCGCCUGCACCGCCCAGCCCGGCACCGCCCUCGCCGGCACCCAGCCCGCUGCCGCCCUCGCCUGCGCCGCCUAGCCCGGCACCGCCCUCGCCGGCACCCAGCCCGCUGCCGCCCUCGCCUGCGCCGCCUAGCCCGGCACCGCCCUCGCCGGCACCCAGCCCGCUGCCGCCCUCGCCUGCACCGCCCAGCCCAGCACCACCCUCGCCGGCGCCCAGCCCGCUGCCGCCCUCGCCUGCACCGCCCAGCCCGGCACCGCCCUCGCCGGCACCCAGCCCGCUGCCGCCCUCGCCUGCACCGCCCAGCCCGGCACCGCCCUCGCCUGCACCCAGCCCGCUGCCGCCGUCGCCCGCACCGCCCAGCCCGGCACCACCCUCGCCGGCACCCAGCCCGCUGCCGCCCUCGCCUGCACCGCCCAGCCCGGCACCGCCCUCGCCGGCACCCAGCCCGCUGCCGCCCUCGCCUGCGCCGCCUAGCCCGGCACCGCCCUCGCCGGCACCCAGCCCGCUGCCGCCCUCGCCUGCACCGCCCAGCCCUGCACCACCCUCGCCGGCGCCCAGCCCGCUGCCGCCCUCGCCUGCACCGCCCAGCCCGGCACCGCCCUCGCCGGCACCCAGCCCGCUGCCGCCCUCGCCUGCACCGCCCAGCCCGGCACCGCCCUCGCCGGCACCCAGCCCGCUGCCGCCCUCGCCUGCACCGCCCAGCCCAGCACCACCCUCGCCGGCGCCCAGCCCGCUGCCGCCCUCGCCUGCACCGCCCAGCCCGGCACCGCCCUCGCCGGCACCCAGCCCGCUGCCGCCCUCGCCUGCACCGCCCAGCCCGGCACCGCCCUCGCCGGCACCCAGCCCGCUGCCGCCCUCGCCUGCACCGCCCAGCCCGGCACCGCCAUCUCCUGUCCCUCCUAGCCCGCCAUGUUUGUACGGGGAUGCUGGCAACGACAGUACAUUGCAGUUUGGCGACCCCACGAAUGGCAUCGAGACAUGCACGGAUCAGGCCAGCUGCAUCGAUGUGUAUGUGGAUGGCCGGACAUGCUUCUCACUCGGGGACGACGACAGCAGCAGCAAUGGAGACGGCGCAUGGCUGUACUGCCCAGUUUGCUUGUACUGGAGCAACAGUCGUGCCAGCUGCGUCAAGCCUACCCAAGAUACCGUCAGCCAUGUGUGCAUGGGCGACCGUUUCUUCCCAGUAAUGCCAAGCCCCGAGAACCCGCCGACGGCUGGCGAUACACAGCAAAUGAAGGACUGGCGCUCUGGCACUGACAGU